GGACUACAAGAAAUUUAUCACAUUACAAGAACCAGCAGCAGUUUCAACUUUACAAGGAUCUUUACCGAAAAUGGGUCAAGCACUUGGUUGUGUUCAAGUGAAGCAGUCAAAAGUUGCUGUGAGGGAACAAUUUGGGAAGUUUGAUGGUGUGCUUGAACCAGGAUGCCAUUGCAUGCCCUGGUGUUUCGGAUACAAGGUAGCCGGUGAGCUCUCACUGCGCGUGCGACAACUUAAAGUUCAAUGCGAAACCAAGACCAAGGAUAAUAUGUUUCUGAACGUGGUUGCAUCGAUUCACUAUCGUCCCUUGCCAGACAAGAUACCGGAUGCUUUCUACAAGCUCUUGAAUGCCGACUUGCAGAUUCAGGCUUAUGUGUUUGAUGUUAUUAGGGAAACUGUGCCGAAACUGGAGCUUGAUACCGUCUUUGAGCAGAAAAGUGACAUAGCAAAAGCUGUUCAAAAGGAACUUGCAAAGGUUAUGUAUGAGUACGGUUUUGAAAUAGUCCAGACCCUGAUUGUGGACAUUGUACCACAUGUUGUAUCGAUAAAAGCGAUGAAUGAGAUCAGUGCAGCUAAAAGGAAGAGGCUGGUAGCGAAAGAGAAGGCGGAAGAGGAAAACAUCCUGAAGAUCAAGCGAGCAGAAGGAGAGGCCGAGUCCAAGUACUUUGUAGGACUUGGCAUAGCGCGCCAGGGCCAGGCCAUUGUUGACGGGCUGAGGGACAGCGUGCUUGACUGCUUUACACAGAUUAUGCUAAGGAGGGGAUAAAAGCUUCAAACGAACAAAUAUAUCUGCAACGCUUGACUGCAUAAAUUAUUCAUCGAAAACUAGUUAUAAAGUAUCACCUCUAUCAAGUUCUUACCUGUUUACAGACAUCAAAUGUAAAAAACUAAGUCCUUUUGCAUCAACAGCAUUGCAAUAUAUGUGUUAAAGCUGUU